AUGAGUUUCUCCUACGACGCAAAGGAUGAGAAGGGCAUUGGCACACCAAUUCACGAGGAGGUCCAGCCCGUCCGCGCGGUCGAGUAUGAGCUCGGCCACACAGGUCAAGGCAAGACGACAAUUCGCACCAUGAAGCCUCGUCACAUUCAGCUCAUCGGUAUCGGCGGUGCUAUUGGUACCGGUCUCUUCGUCGGAACGGGUACAUCGCUGUCAAAUGCCGGCCCGCUGUCGCUCGUCCUCGGUUACGCGAUUUAUGGUUGCCUCGUACUCGCAACGUUCAACGCGAUGGGCGAAAUGACUUCCUACCUUCCGGUCGACGGCUCGAUUCUUGUCUUUGCGUCUCGCUUCGUCGAUCCCAGUUACGGGUUUGCGAUGGCCUGGUUGUGUUUCUGGAACAACUCGAUCACCGUCGCAGCAGAGGCAACAGCCAUUGCAUCGAUCAUCAAGUUCUGGAAUGAGGACGUCAACUCUGGUGUCUGGUGCGCCGUCUUUGUCGUCUCCAUCCUCAUGAUCAACAUGUGGGGAUCGCGGUACUUUGGCGAGGCCGAGUUCUGGUUCUCGACCUUCAAGGUCCUGCUUGUCUUCAUCAUCAUGUUCUUCACAUUUAUCACCAUGCUCGGAGGUAACCCCCAAGGGGACCGCUACGGCUUCCGCUACUGGAAGGACCCGGGCGUCAUGCGCGAGUACCUCGUUCCCGGCAACUUGGGUCGCUUCCUCGGAUUCUGGUCCGUCUUCAUCCAGGCUGCCUUUGCCUACGGUGGCCCCGACAUGAUUGCCAUGACUGCCGGUGAGGCACGCUACCCCCGCCGCGUCCUUCCCAACGUCUUCAACCGUGUCAUUUUCCGUCUCCUCUUCUUCUACAUCGGUGGCACCUUCUGCAUCGGCACCCUUGUUCCUUACACCGACCCCAACCUCACUGGUAACGGCGGUAAGGGCACCCCGCCCAUUGUUAUCGGUGCGGACCGCCUCAAUGUCCCCGUCCUCCCCCACAUUAUCAACGCAAUCAUUCUCACCUCGGCCUGGUCGGCCGGCUGCUGCCUCACCUUCACCGCCUCGCGCAACCUCUACGCCGCGGCGAUCAACGGUCACGCUCCCCGCCUCUUCCUCAAGUCGUUCCGUGGCGUCCCCAUCAACUCUAUCAUCGCCGUCGUCAUUGUGUCCUGCCUGUCAUUCAUGACUGUGAGCGACAAGGCCAUCUCCGUCUUCACUUGGAUCACCAACGUUCUCGGCGGCAUGUGGAUUCUCAACCUCUGGCUCCAGAACGUGCUCUACCUCCGCUUCCGCGCAGGUUGCGACGCACAGGGUAUCGACCGCUCAACGUUCCCCUACAGGCGCCGUGGCCAAAGGCUGAUGAGCUGGAUCUGCGUUGUCGCGUACGGCAUCAUCUUCCUCACCAACGGCUUCAAGGUCUUCAUGAAGGGACGUUGGAACAUUGCCGACUUCCUCUUCGCAUACCUUGUCCUCGGCCUCUUUAUUGCCCUUUUCCUUAUUCACAAGACUUGGUCCGUCCUCAAGAACGGCGGCAAGUGGCGCUGGCUCCGCGGCGAGGAGAUGGACUUUACCGCCGGCAAGAAGGAGAUUGACGAGGACGAGAAGACGUACCCCGUGGUCGGGAACUCGCGCGGUGCCCGGUUCGAGCGCUGGCUCUGGGGCUAG